UCUGAGAGGGGUGUGUAGAAGUGGCCGGGGUGAAAAUCAUCUCUCGAGGCAUGCAGGUAUGUCAAAAUUUCAAGAUUUUCGUUGAUUAUGAUUGAGGCAGCUACUAUGUUUGUCACGAGUUGACAGUGCGUCAUGCACGAAAAUCAGUGUCAAAAUGGGAAGGAGACUAUAUUUGUUAUCCUUCACUAAGACCUGCCAGCCUCAUUUCCACAAGAUAUCCACCACCUGUGUACAAGAACUAAAUAAUUUUUAAUAUCGACGUAACUGAAAUCUCAAGAAGUACCACUUUAUUGAUUGUGGGCACCGAAACUAAAAGAGAAAAAAUUAAAAGUAACAAAAGAAACAAAAGAACAUUUAUCAAGCUAGUAAAUGUCAAGGUGGUGGAUUCAGUAAAAUUGAAACAUUAAAGGACAAUAAUAUAAUACAGUAACUCUAUUGUAAAUAGGAGAGAAGAUGAUCACCCUGGAGGUAGUGAAGUCUGUGAAAGUUCCUGGGUCUAGGAGGAGCUUCAUUAAAAGGAAAUGAGGAAUCCGGCAUUGCACUUGGUUGGGAUAGCGACGUCCCCUGGAGGAGGGGAAGUGUUUGGUACUAGGGCCGAGGAGGAGCUUCGCCAGUGGCUUGAGGCACGCUUGGACGCAUUGGGUAUCGACCCUGUUGCGUACUCGCGAUUCGUGCUCAGUCUGCUGCGCUGCCCCGACUCGGCCCUAAGCCCUCCAGCAGGUACGAGCAGAAACACAGGACGUCGCAUUCGAGCCCGGUCUAAAGCAAAACUACCUUCACAAGGAAACAGAGAGCAGAGACGUGCGGUCGUGCAAUGUUUAAUAAGUGCUGCUGAUAAUACAUGUGGGGUAGAAACGCUGGUGGAUGAAUUGUGUAAGAAGCUUCGAGACCUAGAAGGAGGCGGCUCACAUAAGAAAGAAGAAGAGUUCAAGAAGUCUGAUAGUGAAAAUAAAACAAGCUUAGAGUCGCUUACACCUCGCGACAGAGCUCUCAGAUAUUACGCGGCAUUUCCUGCGUUACAACCUACGACUUUGAAGAAAUUUUCUCAGAGGAAAGAUAGAAAUUUCGGAAAUAACAACAAUAAUAACAAAAUCAACGGAGUCAACUAUAACAACAAUAAGAACGCUAAUAAAUCUCGCAAUAAGAAAACUAAAAUGUCCAUUAGUAUUGAUUCAAAAAGAUCGGAAGAAAAACAAAGUUUUGGAUUUGUUAAGUCAAUGGAACGCAAGAGGGAAAAAGAACUGGAAUUGGAAUUGGAUAAAUUGCAAUUAGCAGAGUUACAAGCAAAAUUUAACCAGAGCUUAGAAGCACUUUGGGAUUCAGGACCAGGCAACGCACGGGGUACAGCUUCGAUCUGGGCAGCACCUACGCUUUCUAUUCCUUCAGAACCCCUUUGGCCAGCAGACACUACCGAGACAACCUUUACUUUAUCCACCUCAGACAAUGGCUAUGCUACUGACACGCCGUACCAGGAAUCUAUCGUUGACGACUCACCGCAAAUUCCAUGGGACAUCGAUUUAAUCAGCAUUGAAGAUUGUGCGGAUGAAUGUAACAAGAAUAAAUCAGAGAACAAUGUUAAUUGGUCUGAGCCUUCUAAGGCUAAGAAUGGACCAUGGAAUUGGAAAGAGCUUGGUAGUAAUUUAGCUACCUUGGGCCACAGUCCUCAGACAGAUAGCUGCUUCUUUCCAGUCGCACCGCGUAAAACUCCCAUUGGAACAUGCAAAGAAUCUCGUUCAAAUCUGAAGGUAAAUAGCCUUCCAGAACCGGAUGAAGAUUUGCUCACUUCCGCUCGCACUCAUUUUCGUCCAAUAAAGGAUGAUGGUCAGUGGGCUGAUGGGACAACAUUUCCUGUAAACAAUACUUUAGAACGGGUCGCAUAUCGCAGAUCUGAGUCAGGAAACUUGUUAUAUCUUCCUGGUGGAGAGAGUCCUUACAUGGAGUAUCGAGAGAAUGACUCACCGCUUCCUCCAAUCUCUUCGAAUUUAACGUUGAAAUUCAGGGUGCGUCAAUGUGACAAGAGCGUUCAAACUGAUCCCAUUCGAUCUCCGGUCAAACGCAGAAUUCUCUCCGAACAGGAUAAUUUUCAUAGUACUCCGAACGGAGUGGAAGAUACUGUUAUUUGCGAAGAAGAGAAAGUCGAGAAAGAUACGUUGGAUGAACUGGGCUGCGUACAAUCUAAUGUACCUCUGCACAAUGAUAGGAAAAGAAGGCACAGUAGCAGUUUUGGAUGCCAGCCUCUGACGACUUUGCGUCGAUUGACUUUGUGAACUGGAUAAAUAUGAGCUGCUACAAAUGCUAUAUGACUGGAGAUUUUGAGGUGUAGCUAUACUUUUUUUCUCAAGACGAGGACGAAAAUUGUUAACAAAGAAAAAAAAAAAAAGUAAAACGACACUGGGGGGCCUCUUGGCAUGUGGAAUUUGUUAUGCAUGUAUCCAAGAUGGCGCCGUUAAUUGAAAAAAAAAAAUUUAUCCCCUGUUGUCGUUGAACAAAGAGUUAAAAACAAACAAACAAAUAAAUAAAAAAUAAAUAAAUAACGGUCGCAACGCUAACAAAGCGAAACGAAAGGAUUAAACCUUCAUUUAGAUAAUUAUUAUUAUUAACCCUUUGACAAAUAAAAAGAAGAAAAAGAAACCGAGCGAAAUAGAGAAAGAAAAAAAAAAAGGUGUACAUGUUCAUGCAGCGUUUGACGAUGAGAACGCGAGCGAUGAAAGAGGGAAUAAAGUAUCGAGAACGUAGUCAAUGAGUUUUCAUUUGUAGCUUGUUGAUAAUUUUAUGUGAACUUUUCCGAAGAGAAAGAAACGAAAAUGAAAAAAAAAAAGAUAUAUAUAAAUAUAUAAUUAGUGCGCUGAUUUUUCUAGAAAUUGUAGCGUGCAGUUUUCCUUUUUUUGUUUCUCAUCUGAUGUGCAGGCGUUCAUUGUGUGUUUGCAUUGGAUGCAUUGCAAGGAAGCGAGAGAGAAAAAUGAAAAUAAAAUGUAACUAAGAAAAAAAAAAAAUACCAAAAAAAGAAUGGAAUUAAUUUAGAAAAAGAAAGAAAGUGAAGAGCAAGUCAAAUGAAUAAAAUUCGAGGAGGAGUACUUAUACUAAGUAUAAAUAAAAAGGAUUAAAAAAAAAGUGCCGCACGAUAUUAAACCGAAAACCAUUGAAGUACUAUUCUAUUUUCUUGUUGUUUUCUUUUCGUAAUUAUUAAUGGAUUAUCUUAAUUAUAUCCCCUUAAUUAUAAUUUAACAUCCUAGACAAUUAAUCCCCCUCUAUCCUAAUUCCAUCAUCUACCAGAUUCCAUGUUUUAAAGAAACCCAGAGUAUCCAAUGCUUUUCCAAUACUCCCUCAGAAAGGAUAUCGGAAAAUAUUAUUGAAAACAUACAUGUGAGGAAAAAAAAACAAAAAAAUAUAUAUGUAUAUAAAAAAAAAAGGAACGUAUAACUUGAAAAAAGAAAAAAAAAAGUACUACGCUUAUCACGGCGAAGUUAAGCGGACGAAAACGUGAGAGAGACGUUAUUAGAAGAAGAAAAAAAAUGAAUGCCUUUUAGAGCGGAAGGAAAAGAGUGAGUAAAAUGUUAUUUAAAAAAAGAAAGAAAAGAGAACACGUGGUAAUAAUAAGGCGACGCGAGGAAGGUUUGUUUGAAGCGACAACGUAAGUGACGAUAUAAGUGAAUUGUAAUAUGGAGAAAAUUAACAGAAUAAAAGGGGGGAAAACCAUGAAAGAACAUCCAAACAUGUAUUCUCUGCGCGAAGUAAUGUACGCAAAGGGAGUAACCAAAUAAAGGCAUUGCAAACGC